AUGAAUCCCGGGGACCCUGCCCAAACCGGACCCGGUGAAGCCGGUCAGGACGGGUUGGCUAAAGCAGGUGGUGCGCGGGGGGAGGGGGUGAGAGCGGUGGAUGUGCUGACAGUUCUGAGGGAAAAAGUGGCCUUUGUUUCAGGGGGGAGGGACAAGAGAGGCGGGCCCAUCCUCACCUUCCCAGCGCGGACCAAUCAUGACCGAGUGAAACAGGAGGAUCUAAGCAGACUGGUCACCUAUCUGUCCACCAUACCCAGUGAUGACGUGCGUGCCAGGGGCUUCACGGUGGUCGUAGACAUGCGUGGUUCUAAGUGGGAGAGCGUCAAGCCGUUGCUACGGACACUCCAGGAGGGGUUCUCCGCCCACAUUCACACGGCCCUCAUCAUCAAACCAGACACCUUCUGGCAGAAACACAAGACCAACCUGGGCAGCGCCAAACUCACCUUUGAGACCAGUCUAGUGUCGGUGGAGGGCCUGUCCAAGCUGGUGGACCCGUCCCAGCUGACCUCUGACCUGGGCGGUUCUCUGGAGUAUGACCAUGUGGAGUGGACGGAGCUACGGCUGGGCCUGGAAGAGUUCUCAGGGGCUGCUGGGCAACUGCUGGCCCAGCUAGAGCAGCUGGAGGCUGGGCUGACCCGCGUAGGCGAGCCCCAGGGUGUGGAUGAGGCCCGCAAGCUGCUAGAGGAGCAUGGCCGACUACGUACCACCGUUGCCACGGCUCCCAUCGAUGCCAUCGACCGUGAGGGGCGAAGCUUGCUCCAGCGCAUUAACCAAGGUUACGGAAGCUGGUUGUCGGGCGGGGCUGAUUUCCAGAGUGUAGCUCCGAAGGUGGCCGCCCUGCUGGAGAGGCUGCAGACUGCCAGGACACACCUGCAGCAGAGCUGGACCGAACGGAAAGCACACCUAGACCAGACCUUACAGCUGCAUCUAUACGAACAGGACGCUGCCAAGAUGUCUGAGUGGAUAGCCCACAGUAAGGAUCUGUUCCUGCAGAGUCAGACAGAGGUUGGCCUCAACCACCAGCAUGCCCUGGAACUCCAGACCCAGCACCAGCACUUCACCAUCAACUCUAUGAACGGGAGUGUGAACGUGGACGGGGUGGUCUCCGUGGCGAUGCAGCUGUGUGAGGGGUGUCACUACGGAGCGGAGCGGAUCGCGUGUGUCUCGUCACGGCUACAGGAGGACUGGAAAGGGCUGACGUCAGUGCUGGAGGAACGCAGCAACACACUGGUCAUGUCCACCGACUUCCACCAGGGGGCAGAACAGUUCCUGGGGCGUGUGGAGGGCUGGUGUGAGGCGUGUGCUGACGACUCGUUGUCGGCGGAGAUGGCAGAGCUGGAGGCGUCCAUACAACAACACCAGACGCUCUACGAGGAGAUAACAUCAGCCUACACACAGGUCAGUGAGAGCGGUAAAGCCCUAUUGGAAGUGCUUCAGCGUCCGACGGAGCCUGACGAGUCUGGGUUACCAGCUUCAACCACUGACUUCACAGCCGCAACGCACGGCAUCAUGGAAGUUCUCCACGAGGUCAUGCAGGGUCACCAGCAUGUCGAAGGGGCGUGGCAACACCGCAAGCUCCGCCUACACCAGCGUCUGCAGCUGUGUGUGUUCCAGCAGGACGUACGGCAGGUUCUGGACUGGGUGGAGCAGCAUGGAGAGGUGUUUCUCAAUAAGCACACCGGUGUGGGGAAGAGCCUCCACCGAGCGCGAGCACUGCAGAAACGCCACGACGACUUUCAACAGGUGGCCCAGAACACCUAUACCAAUGCUGAGAAGCUGCUGGAGGUGGCAGGCCAGCUGGCCCAGUCAGGGGAGUGUGAGGAGGGGGAGAUCUACUCUGCUGCUGGGGACCUGGAGCUCCGCAUGCAGGCCUUCAUACAGAGAGUAGAGCAGAGGAAGCUACUGCUGGACCUCGCUGUCUCCUUUUACACACACACCAAAGAGCUGUCAGUGUGGAUGGAGGGUCUCCAGAGGCAGAUGGCGGGGGAGGUGUGUGUGUGUCCUGACUCAGUGGAGGCUCUACAGGCUCUUAUCAGCCAGCAGCAGCAGCAACAAGCCAACACACAGGACGCCUCGCUCUCUGUCAUCAGGGAGGGAGAGGACCUCAUUCUACAGCUCAGGUAAACACACACACACAUUCUGUACUUGCCCCAGGGCAGUUCAGUGGGCCAUGUGGAGUCAGUGCUGCAGUCAUUGGAGGAGGCCCAGGUCCAGCUGGAGGAGCUGUUCCACCAGAGGAAGAUCAGGCUGGACGUCUAUCUGCAGCUACGCAUACUACAGCAGUGUUCUCUGGAGGUGUCAGGGGAGAUGGAGGCGUGGAAGCAGGACCUCCAGAAGCAGGCCCAGGACAUCACCACAGAGAAGCUAACGCUAGCACAACCGCGGCUACAGCGCAUACACAGACACAUGGAGCGACGGCUAGCCAUGAACAACAUGACCUAUGAGGUCGUACAGCAGGGUCACGACCUUCAGCAAUACAUCACCGAAGUACAGUCCUCAGGUAUUCAGCUGACGGCUGAGGGGGAGACUGAUCUGUCCUCUCAGGUGGAGGGGCUCCAUCAGCUUCUACAGGACAAGCAGAAGGAGCUGCACCAGAUAGUCGAACACACACACACAUACCUGGAGCAAGGCUUGCAGCUACGCCACCUACAGAGUCAGGUCAACCAGGUGCUGGGCUGGAUCAGUGAAGGAGAGGUGAUGUUGUCUUCCUGUAUGGUGAACUCCAGCUCUCUGUCCGAGGCUGAACAGCUACAGAGAGAACAUGAGCGCCUCCAACAGGCCAUAGAGUCUCUGCUUCAUGCUGACUCUCUCCAGAGGACCCACCAGGUGGCGCUGGCGCUGCAGCAGCGGGCAGAGCUGCUGGUGAGGGCGGGCCACUACGACCCAGAGGCAGUGAGGGCGUGUGCCCAGACGGUGGCGCUACACUGGCAGACCCUGAUGCUGCGGAUGGAGGACCGCCUCAAACUGGUCAACGCCUCCGCAGCCUUCUACCGGACCUCACAACAGGUAUGUGGUGUGUUGGAGAGCCUGGAACAAGAGUAUCGUAGGGACGAGGACUGGUGUGGUGGCGGAGAGAGGCAGGGGAGCAGGGGCCAGCCGGAGCACCUCAUUCCCCUCAUCAACAAACACAUGGAACAGAAAGAAGCCUUCCUCAAGGCAUGCACCCUGGCCAGACGCAACGCAGAGGUCUUCCUCAAGUACAUCCACCGCAACAGCGUUACUAUGGCAACUAUCUCCGGGCACAGUGCAGGAGCAGAGGUCACUGGUCACUCCCGUGUGCCCGAGCAGCAGGUCAAAGGUAUCCUCAGUGAGCUCCUGCAGAGGGAGAACAGGGUUCUACAUUUCUGGACUCUGAAGAAGCGUCGUCUGGACCAGUGUCAACAGUAUCUGCUGUUCCAGAGCCACACCCAACAGGCGUUGGAUUGGCUGCAGCAGAGUGGUGAGCACUACCUGUCCAUUCACACAUCGCCAGGGGCAACCAGUGCAGAGACCCAGGACCUGCUGGCUCAACACAGGGAAUUCUGCAUCUCGGCUAAGCACACUCAGGAGAAGGUGCACCUGCUGAUCCAGCUGGCAGAGAGCAUGCUGGGUAAGGGCCACUCCCACAGGGUGGAGCUACGGAGGUGUGUGUCGACGGUGGACAAGCGCUACCGAGAGUUCUCCAUGCGCAUGGGCCAGUACCGGAACACACUGGAGACUGCACUGGGAGGCUGCACACAGGACAAUAAGGACCUGGAACUGGAGCUCAUCCCCAACAGCCUCUCUGACUCUGACCCCGAAGUGAACCUGAACGACCCCAACCACGAGGUCAGUGACGAGAAGAGGAGGACGGCCAGGAAGAAAGAGUAUAUCAUGUCAGAGCUUCUCCAGACAGAGAGGGUGUAUGUGAAGGAUCUGCAGGAGUGUAUUGAUACCUACCUGUGGGAGAUGACCAGUGGCUCUGAAGAGAUCCCCAGCAGGAUCGCCAACAAGGAUGACGUUGUCUUUGGGAACAUCCAGGACAUUUAUGAGUUCCAUAACAGUAUUUUCCUGAAGGAGCUGGAGAACUACGAACAGCUACCUGAGGAUGUGGGUCACUGCUUCGUCACCUGGGCAGAUAAGUUCCACAUGUAUGUGACGUAUUGUAGAAAUAAACCAGACUCCAGCCUUCUGAUCCAGCAACAUGGGACAGGCUUCUUUCAGGAGGUCCAGAGGAGGCAUGGUCUUGCGAACUCCAUCUCCUCAGCGCUCAUCAAGCCGGUUCAACGCAUCACCAAGUACCAGCUCCUUCUCAAGGAGUUGUUGGCGUGUUGUGAGGAGGGAAAAGGCGAGAUCAAGGAGGGUCUGGACGUCAUGCUGAGCGUUCCAAAGCGAGCCAACGAUGCCAUGCAUGUUAGCAUGCUAGAGGGUCUGGAGGAGGGCUUGGAGGUGCAGGGAGAGCUGCUCCUGCAGGAUACCUUCCAGGUGUGGGAUCCUAAAUCCCUUAUCAGGAAAGGCCGGGAACGCCACCUGUUCCUGUUCGAGCUCUCGCUGGUCUUCAGUAAAGAGAUAAAGGACUCCUCCGGACGUACCAAGUACCUCUACAAGAGCAGGCUGAGGACGUCAGAGUUGGGGGUGACAGAGCACAUUGAGGGGGACCCCUGUAAGUUUGCUCUGUGGGUGGGCCGUACCCCCACCUCGGACAACAAGACCGUACUCAAGGCCUCAUCUCUGGAGCUGAAGCAGGAGUGGGUGCGUAACGUGCGUCAGGUGAUCCAGGAGAGACGUGGCCAUCUGAGAGGAGCGCUGAGGGAGCCCAUCCCCCUCCCCAAGACCCCCGCCCCCACCCUGGUCCGCACGCGCAGCAUCAACAGGAGAGACACCAAUGAGGAUGCAGACAGCCUGGGAGAUGCCAGCAGCCAGCCGGACACCGUCUCCAUUGCCUCCCGCACCUCUCAGAACACAGCAGACAGCGACAAGCUGUCCGGUGGCUGUGAGUUGACCGUGGUCCUGUUGGACUUCUCGGCGGGCGGGGCCGAGGAGCUGAGUGUUCGUUGCGGUCAGACCGUGGAGCUAGUGGAGCGGUCCAGUGAGCGAUCGGGCUGGUGUCUGGUCAGGACCACAGACCACACCCCUCCACAGGAGGGCCUGGUACCCAUGACUGCCCUCUGCCUUUCCCACUCCCACAGCGCUGACAUGGACGGCUUGAUGCCUGCCACCACCAACACUGCCACCGCUGGGAAAGAGCCCAGCCCUGUAGGUUCAGAGGUCAGAUCAGACUCUGUAGCGUCUCUCCAGUCCCAGACGUCCCUGGGCUCCGGUCCUGGCGGUGUGUCCGUCAGUUCCCCCGGUGGAGUGUCUAUUGGUUCUCCUGGUGUGAACGUGGGCUCCCCGGGGCCCAAGCGGAGUGGUUCCGGUACUGGGAACACGUUGAAGCGCUGGCUGACCAGCCCAGUGAGGAGAUUAAGCCAGGGCAAAGCCGACAGCCAGGGGAAAAAACCUCCACUACGCACCAGGAGACGAGACAACCGGCCCGAGCUAGUCACGCCGCUCACCGCUAACACACACCUGAAGGGGAAGAGCCGUGAAGACUCUGUCCAGAGUGGAGGAGAGGAGGAGCUGGAGGAGGAGCCACACACGCCCCUCCCACCUCCCAUGGAGAUCAUUAAAGAUAGCAACGACCCUGAGGACUCAGAGGGCUCCAACCAGUCAGACACAGAGCAGAAGAACAAAGCCAUGAGAGGCCGCAUGUUUGUGGUUAAUGAAAUGGUGCAGACUGAGAAGGAUUAUGUGAAAGACCUUGGUGUCAUCGUGGAGGGGUUCAUGUCGAGGUUGGAGGUGAAAGGGAUUCCAGAGGACAUGCGGGGGAAGGACCUGAUAGUAUUUGGUAACAUCCAUCAGAUUUACGACUGGCACCAGGAGUUCUUCCUGGUUGAGUUGGAGAAAUGUUUGCAGGACCACGACCGACUGGCAGAGCUCUUCAUUAAACAUGAGAGGAGGCUGCACAUGUAUGUGGUCUACUGCCAGAAUAAGCCCAGGUCAGAGUUUGUCGUGGCGGAAUAUGAGACCUUCUUUGAGGAGGUGCAGAGAGAGAUCAGCUGUAGGAUGUCCAUCAGUGACUUUCUCAUCAAACCCAUCCAGAGAAUCACCAAGUACCAGCUACUGCUCAAGGAUUUUCUGAAGUACACUUCUAAAGCAGGGAUGCACUGUGAGGAGAUCGAGAGAGCGGUGGAUCUGAUGUCUCUGGUACCCAAACGCUGUAAUGACAUGAUGAACCUGGGACGCCUGCAGGGUUACGAGGGGAAGCUGACGAGCCAGGGCAAGCUGCUGCAGCAGGAGACCUUCUGUGUGUGGGAGCAGGACGGAGGAGUUCUUUCCCGCAGUAAAGACAGACGCGUCUUCCUCUUCGAGCAAAUCAUCAUCUUCAGUGAGCUGCUCCGUAAAGGGUCCUCUCCACCUGGCUAUCAGUACAAGAAGAGCAUCAAGGUGAGCUACCUGGCCAUGCAGGAGUGUGUAGAGGGGGACCCCUGUAAGUUUGUUCUGUCAUCUCGGGGGUCCGCAGAGCGUUUCACCCUGCAGGCAGCCAGCCCCUCUGUCAAACAGCUGUGGGUCUCCCACAUCACUGAGCUACUGGACACACAGAGCAACUUCCUGUCUGCUCUGCAGUCUCCUAUAGAGUACCAGAGGAAGGAGGGUGGGGGAACAAACCUCCUCACCCGACCCCCCUCGGGCUUCGGCCCCAAAGCAUCGGGCCGACCCCCCUCUGUGCCCCCCACCCCUAACGGACACAACACACACACACAGGCAGACGGCGAGGCACAGGACGACGAGCUGGUGCUGGUGAUCCAGGACUUCAGUGCGGUGCGUGAGGAUGAGAUCACGGUACUUCGCGGGGAACGGGUCCAGAUUCUGGCAUCCAACCAACAUGGCCAGUGUCUGGUCUACCGACCGGCCAACACAGAGUCUCCACCUGCAGAGGGCUGGGUGCCGCGCAGCGUCCUGUUCAACCACUAACUACCAGUUAGAACCAGUCAGAACCAGUUUAGAACCAGUUAUAAACAGUUACACACAAACAGGAUGCCUUCCCCAUAACCAGUUACGGCCCAGUUACACUUCACUGAUGCCAGUAAGACCCAGUACCAAUCACACACAUCUGUUAUUAGUUACUGGUCCCAAACAGUUACACAUAGUUAAAACUAGUUAGAUCAGUUACAUACAGUCAGCUGCCCCUGUUAAACCAAUCACACACACGUAGCAAACAUCCUCAACAACCGGUAGCAACCAUGAACACUAGUGACCAACUACUGUAGUUCCUCACACUGGUGAAAAGAGGCCAGAGAGCUGCAGGUCCAGACAGGGGGAUUUGAGGUGAAUGGACACACAGUAUGCCUAUGGAACAUCCCAACUGAUGAGGUCACUAAUGGCUGCAGCCUAUGGAACAUCCCAACUGAUGAGGUCCAACUGAUGAGGCCACUGAGGGCCGCUGCCAACUGAUGAGGUCACUAAGGGCUGCUGCCUUUGGAACAUCCCAACUGAUGAUGCCACUAAGGGCUGCUGCCUUUGGAACACCCAAACUGAUGAGGCCACUAAGGGCUGCUGCCAACUGAUGAGGUCACUAAGGGCUGCUGCCUUUGGAACAUACAAACUGAUGAUGUCACUAAGGGCUGUUGCCUUUGGAACAUCCAAACUGAUGAGGUCACUAAGGGCUUCUGCCUCAGUCAUUCCGGAACUCUGGGAUUCUAGAAUAAAACAACACUGAGAACAGCUGUCAGAGACUCUCCCACCUCAUUAAGGAACCAGACUCAAGUGGAGGGUCAAAGGUAAAAUAUAUCGGCCAACAAGAUCUGCUGGAGACAAGCAAGAAAUUACGUUGUAAUAAUGGUUGUUUUUACAUAUCGGUGAAAAAACAUAGUGUCAGCACGUGAUGUUUCUGCUUUCAUGUCAUGGGGGUCAAAAUAAAUGGACUGAACCCUCACCCACCCACCCACCCCAACCCAUGACCCCGGUGAGGUGACAUCAUUUCCUGUUUGUUAAUAUGUGUAAAAGAAAGCGAAAGUCUCACCACGUAAAUAGAGCUCUGAGCGCAUUAUGAAGUAUAUAUAGUUCUUAUAUGAUUAAUAUAUUCUGUUUUUCACCUGAAUAGAAAACAGAGAGAAGAGAAGUAUUGUCACGUUAACGUCUGUAUGUGUGUGUGCGUGUUUGCGCGUGUGUGUGCGUGCGUUUGUGUACGAGUGCUUGCAUGUAUGGUUUGUGCGUGUGUGUGCGUAUGUGUGUGUGUGUGUGUGUGUGUGUGUGUGUGUGUGUGUGUGUGUGUGUGUGUGUGUGUGUGUGUGUGUGUGUGUGUUGGUGGUCCUUUGGGUUCUGUUUGUAUUGAAUAGAAACCCCUGUGUUCUCUGUGUUUUUUCACUGAUCAAUCCCUGUUUAAUUCCUGUGUCCCUUUGAUGUGGUUUCCUGUUCCUGUAGAGCUGCUGUUGGGCAGUGUGAAGGACUCAAGAGUGUGCAUCCUCAUACUUUUAAAUGUAACCCAGAGUUUGAACCGUAAUAUUAUGCAUUCUUUGGAAAAUAUGUAAAUAAUAUUUUACAGACAUGUACAUGAUUUAACAGGGCAAAAGGGAGCUGGGGAACACACCAGUCCAACUCCUUCAUGUUAAACAGAAACCUUGCCGCCAUAUUGGAUUUUCAGGUUUUAACUAACUGCUGAACUAGUUAACCCUUCAACUCUCCCCUGCUCAGGGUAAAAGUUGCCCUUCAGCACAGAUCUAGGAUCAGGUUACUCUCUCCCCAAUCUGACCUUAACCGUGAGGAGAAACACUAAACUGACCCUAGGUCAGUGUCUGGGGUAACUUCUAAUCCUGGUUUGUAUCUGCAGUGGCAGCAUUGCUGCCUAUAGCUUCAUACUACACAGGUUAUACAGGCUCUGGGCAAAACUCAAAAGACAUCAUAUUCCCCAUGUAGUGCACUACUUUUGCCUGAAGCAGUACACUAUAUGGGGAGUAGGGUGGGAUUUGGGACCUAGACCCUCUUAGCCAUACAGGUUAUUAUACAGUGAUGUGUACAUACAAAAUGGCUGCUAUCUCACCUCUAUGAGUUCUGUAUGGUGGUUUGUAAUAAAGACCAUUUUUCAUCUCUGAA